GCGGAAUGCAGAAAUCUCUCCUUCUGAUUGGCUGCAGCGCUUCCCUUCGUCUGCUACUGUUUGUGGAGAAGACGUUGCAGCUGCCGGUGUAACGGGGCGCCGCGCGGCAUUUUGAGCGGGGUCUUUCGUGUACAGCUUUUAAUCAGUGCUUUUUAGGUAUUCACCAUGGCUUCGCUGGACCCAGCGACUGCGUCGGAUCGAGGCUCUCAGGAGAUGGAAGAAGCUGAGGCCUGCGGGACCCCCGAGGGGCGGAGAAACGGGCGGAGGAAGAGAAACAAGACUAUUCCAGUUUGGGAGAACAAGCCUUGUGGUGCUUCACGCAGUCUUGUGAGGAGAAUUGGGUCUCAUCUACCAUUGAAGCCCUGCCCCAGAGCUUGCUUCGAGGCCUUGCCAAGCGCUUCAGAUCUCUAUUUUACUAAUGCACCCAUGGUCCCUACCCUCGCUGAUAUAAAGUGGAUCGCUGCAGAUGAUGAUGAAACAUAUGCAAGAGUCAGGAGUGACACAAGGCCACUGAAGCAUAAAUGGAGGCCAAGCCCACUUCUGGUGAUGCAGAGAAACGCGUCUGUUCCCAAUUUGAAAAUGAAAGAAGAUAGAAUGUAUUGUUUAAAGAAGCCUGGCGUGUCUCUAAACAGAUCUGCAGAUUUACAAGAUGAACUGAGCUUUCUAAGGAGUCAGAUUGCGAGAAUUGUCGCUACAGACACAGCAUCACCUUGCAGCACAUCAAAUGCUCUACCUGGGAAUUUGGAACUUGAUCCCUCCUUCGCUGACUUUGGCCCCUCUUUCCAGUCGAACACUUCCUUUGUUAUUAGCGAUAUCACAGAAGAAGAUGAAUUAGAUGUGUCCGAAUACUCAUCAGCUUCUCUUGUUGAUUCUUCAAUCAGUCAGCAGAGGCAUAUUGAGGCAAAUGUGUCCGAUGAUGAUGAGGACUCUCUCUGCCUUUCAAAGUCAAACAGUUUUGCAGACAUGAUGGGAAUUUUGAAAGAUAUUCACAAGAUGAAACUUAACAGAGACUGGUCCAGCAGAAGCCAAUAUUUACACAAAGAGGAUGAUCCAGUCAAUCUUAUAUCUGAAGUUUUAAAGCAAAAGUUUGCACUCUGUGACCAAGGAGAGGUUAAAAAGAGCAUUUAAAUUUAACAUUUUCUUCCUGUAUCAGUUCUGUAAAAGGUCACUUAUUUUGUUAUGAAAUACCUCAAGGACAACACUAUUCUGCUUUUGUUUGAAUUUAGAUACAUUAACCAAGCACUGAUGGAAAAUACUUGGUUCCAGAAACAAGUGGGUUCGGCACUUAGAUUAAAUAUUUUUAAUGCAUCCUAAAAGUAGGUAAUGCUCAUGGUGAAUCAGAAUGUCUGAAUGAAAGGAUUGGCCGGUCAACAACCUGAUGUCAAAGGGAACUAGGGCGUAUACACAUGUUAGCAAAGGCUUUUCUAUAUCUUUGCAUAAACUGCCCUAUGCCAGCCUCUAUAGGGUGUUCCACUAUAAGGAACAGCAGUACUUCCACACAAUCUGCUCUCCAUAUAGAAUAAUUUGUCACUGCAACAUGGUUUUAAAAAGCAGAACAGUCUGUGUGGAAUGUGGAGGUAAACAGGGAUUUAGAACAAGGUUUGCCAUGUGGCCUUCUGGUUUACACUGACAGUGUACUCUGACCAGUAGCAUUGAUUUCCACAUAGAAACAGUAGGCUCAGGUAUGGUUAAUAUGUAUGAAAUAGCUUUAUUCCAUAUCUUUGAAGGUGCUGCAGCCUCUAAAAAAAAUAUUUACCACUAAAUACAUAACUGUAUCUUAUAGUGUACAAAGCCAGUACUUAAAUGGUACGUAACUUCAUUAAAAUAAAAAUGAUUAUAAAAUGCACAUGAAAAAAUGAACAGAAUUAAGAGUACAUUUUGUUCGGGCAGUGACUUAGCACACCAUGUUUUGUUUUUCUUUUCUAGAUCUGGCACUAUCUGCAAACACGUGCCUUCUCAUUGGUUCCUUGACAGCUUGUUGAGACUCACAACAAGAAUGCAAUAAAUCAAAAUAUUUCAAGAAUGUAUAUUUGGUACAUUUUUAGCAACUGUUAGUGUUUCUGUUGCCUUGGAAGAGUGUGUUAAAAGAAGUGGAUGAUAUAAGCUAAUGGUUAGACAGAUCUGUUACAUUAUAUAACGCUGCUUGUCUUCAACAGUGACAUGACAGCUGUAGAAAUUCAGUUGAGCUUAUUGGGCGGUAGAGAAAAAUGACAGCAAUUUUAGGUAUGUUCUGCUAAUUUCAACUGUUUUUCACCCGUGUUAUUUGCGGUUACAUGACUACAAUGUCCUUCAUGAAAAAUAACUUUUUUUCUUUUUUUUUAACCUAGGGCAUGUUAGUAUAUCCUGCAUAAUUGAGGCACCACCCUUAGAUGCUGCCAGAUAGUCCUUCCUAAAUUCAGGUUGCUGCUUUUUAUGCUAAUGUUCUGUUAAGACUGUGUUACAAGAAUGUAAAUCAGUUAAAGCAAGUUACUUUAUUAUUCUUUGCCGUAAAUAUCUGUUAAAAGGCCUUCCAAAUUAGUUUUUUUGCCGAAUUACUUACCACAGAUUAAAACUGACCUGUUUU